AAGACCAGCUGUGCAGACUCUCUAAUGCCUUACUUCCUGGAGGAGCCAGAGUCUCUUUCACUUUCAAACAACAGGUUUCCUAGCUGAGCAGCCUCAUCGAGGGAAACACACAUUAGUGGCCCCUUAGAAGAGCUGGGUUUCUCCAGGAGUGAAUGACAGCGGUCACAGGAUCCACUGCAGCAGAUCAAGUCAAAACUCUUUUCCUGCUACAUGAAGUCAUCCUAAAUUCUGCCCCCUUAAACUGGUCUGGAAUGAAGGGUUAAACUUUAAAGAAGAAGCCUUAGACAAGCUGUGAAACCCCUGUCUCGGCCUAAUGAUAAGCCUCCCUGCCUGACGGGAAAGAUAACACAGUAAGAACGUUUGCUGGCAUCAUUCAGGAAACUGUGGAGAACAUACCCACUGAGCCGAAAUGUCCGGCAGAGACAAGAAUCCACAGGUCUCCUCAUUGGAGCAACAACAGAAGGGAGACGUGAAGCAGGACCAGUUGGAGCUGGGCCGCCUCAUGGAACGUGAGAGAUCUCCCCAAACAGGAGUAUUUGUGCCACAGUCAGCACGUAUCACACUGAGACAUCAGCAUAAGGACCAUCAGAUGAGAAUCCAUCCUCAGGGACCCUUUUCUCUGUCAGAGGACUUAAUGCUAAGACAUUCUUCCUCGGUUGUUAGCCCCACAAGCUUUGCUAACUUUGGGUCCCCUAACCUGCCUCACUUCCUGGAAUCACAGAGAUUAAGCCAUGAAUCUUGGAGACACGAUGAAAUGUCAAAAAGGAAACUUGUAAAUCCUGAUGAAUCUGGAUUCAGAUGCAAACGAAUCAUUUCAGAAAUACAUCAGAGCAGAAGAAGAGAAACCCUUUUCCCCAUGCAGAUCUGGAAAACAAAUGAUUUGCUGCAAAAUUUCGCACAGCUGCUACUUCUACAAAAACCUUGCCCAAGAGGCCGGGAGACCUUGCUCUGCAAAAGCUGGCGUAAAUAUAAAGGAGAGGAGAGAGGACAUCUGAUUGAGAUCCAAGACUUAUUUUGCCCAAGCCAAGAUAUCCAGAAAGAGCCUCAACUUGUUGUAUUAGAGGGGGUUGCUGGGAUUGGAAAGUCAAUGCUGGCUAGGCAGGUGAGGAAAGCAUGGGGGGAAGGCCAGCUCUACAGGGAUCGCUUCCAGCAUGUCUUCUACUUCAGCUGCAGAGAGCUGGCCCAGUGCAAGCAGCUGAGUCUGGGUGAGCUUAUAGCAAAAGACCAGACUCUGUCUGCAGCUCCCAUGAGGGAGAUCUUGUCUCACCCUGAGAAGCUGCUCUUCAUCCUAGAUGGCAUAGAUGAGCCAGCAUGGGUCUUGGAAGAUAAAAAUCCAAAUUUCUGCCUGCACUGGAGCCAGCCACAACCUGUGCACACACUGCUGGGCAGUUUGCUUGGGAAAUCUGUCCUGCCUCAGGCUUCCUUGCUGCUCACAGCUCGAACCACAGUUCUGAAGAAGCUCAUUCCUUCCUUGGGGCAGCCACGUUGGGUGGAGGUCCUGGGCUUCUCUAAGUCUGAACGGAAGAAAUACAUCUACAAAUACUUCACAGAGGAAAGCGAAGCAAUGGCAGCUUUUAACUUGGUUAAAUCAAACCCAGUGCUCUCAACACUGUGUGUGGUGCCCUGGGUGUCCUGGCUGGUCUGCACCUGCCUGAAGCAGCAGAUGGAUCAAGGACAAGACCUCUCACUGACCUCACGGACCACCACAGCCCUCUGCCUGAAAUACCUUUCCCAGACUCUCUCAGGACAUGCCCUGGGGUACCAGCUCAGAGCACUCUGCUCACUGGCUGCUGAGGGAAUCUGCCAAAAAAAGACCCUGUUCAGUGAGAGAGAUUUUCAGAUCCAAGAAUUGGCAGAUGGUGUCAUUGCCACUUUCCUGAAGACUGGUAUCCUUCAAAAGCAUCCUGAAUCUCUGAGUUACAGCUUUGCCCACGUGUAUCUCCAGGAGUUCUUUGCAGCAAUAUCCUAUGUAUUGGAGAAUAAUGUGCUAAGACUUGGUUAUAUGAAUGUCUACAGAAUUGUGGAAGCACUAAAGGAAGUCUAUGGAAGACAUGACCUGUUUGAAGCACCCACUGUGCGCUUCCUAUUUGGUCUUUCAAGUAAAAGAGGAAUAAGAAAAAUGCAGAAGAUCUUUGCCUGCAGUUUGCUUCAGGAGACAGGGUUGUACCUACAACGGCACAUCCUAAAGGAAACCCAACACCAUCAACCCUAUACUCUGGGUUUCCUCCAUUGUCUGUAUGAGACUCAGGAUGGGGACCUCCUGACAGAUGUAACACACAUUUUUCAGGGAACAACAGUGCAUGCCUCAGUGGAUACAAUAUACCCAGUGUUCCAGACAAACAUUAACCACCUGGUGGUUCAUACAGAUGUGGAACUCAUGGUGGUCACUUUCUGCAUUAAGUUCUGCCACCAUGUGAAAAGGCUUCAGCUGAACGCUUGUGGACAACAGGAACAAACACCGGUGGCCCCCAGUAUGGUUCUGUCCAGGUGGACUCCGAUCACUGAUGCCACUUGGCAGAUAUUCUUCUCCACUCUUGAGUUCACAGGAAGUCUGAAGGAGCUGGACCUAAGUGGAAAUGAACUGAGCUACUAUGCAGUGCGGAGUCUCUGUAGUACCCUGAGAUGUCCUGGAUGUCAACUAAGGACAUUGUGGCUUGUCAACUGUGGCCUCACAUUCAGGCACUGUGCGGACCUGGCCCCAGUGCUCAGUGCCAGCUCCAGCCUGACUGAGCUAGACCUGCAGCUGAAUGACCUGGGAGACCUUGGUGUGAGACUGCUGUGUCAGUGGUUCAGGAGUCCUGCCUGCAACCUCAGAAUCCUGCGGCUGGACCAGGCCCCUCUCAGUGACCCAGUGAUUAUGGAGCUCAGGGUCUUAGAGGCAGAGAAUCCGCAGCUGCUCAUCUACAGCACAUGGAAGCCACGUGUGUUGGUCCCUAGUAAGGACCCAGGUGGAGAAGGAGUGGAUGGCAGCCUGACCUCAUUCAAGCAGCAGAGACUACAGUCAGAUCACAAACACAUGGAACCACAAGGUACUGAAGAUGACUUCUGGGGCCCUACAGGACCUGUGACUACAGAGGUGAUUGACAGAGAAAGGAACCUGUACAGAGUUCAGUUCCCUGUGGCUGGUUACUACCACUGUCCCAACAUAGGACUCCACUUUGUGGUGACAAGGGCAGUGACCAUUGAGAUCGGAUUCUGUGACUGGAGCCAACACCUGGACAAGACUCCCUUGCAGUGCAGUCACAUGGUGGCUGGGCCUCUGUUUGACAUCAAGGCUGAGCAGGGAGCUGUGGCUGCUGUGUACCUCCCUCACUUUGUGAAUCUCCAAGAGGGACAGGUGGACACCUCCUGGUUCCAUGUGGUUCACUUUCAAGAUUAUGGGGUGGUCCUAGAAGUGCCAGCCAGAGUGGAGCAGUGCUACACAGUCUUGGAAAGCCCAACUUUCUCCCCAGUGGGAGUUCUACUGAAAAGUAUGCUUGCUGUCAGACAUUUCAUCCCCAUCUCUUCUGUCACGUUGAUCUACUAUUACCUCAAUCUCAAGGAUGUCACCCUUCAUCUCUACCUGAUCCCCGAUGACUGCACCAUUCGGAAGGCCAUUGAUGAAGAAGAAAUGAGGUUUCAGUUUGUUCGAAUACACAAGCCACCCCCAGUAGACUCUCUUUACAUUGGCUCACGGUACAUAGUGUCUGCUUCCAAGAACCUGGAAAUCAUUCCAAAGGAACUGGAGCUGUGCUACCGGAGCCCCAGGGAAUCCCAGCUCUUCUCUGAGAUCUAUGUUGGCCACAUGGAUUCAGGGAUUAAACUGCGUAUCACAGACAAGAAGAAUGGGAAUCUCAAGUGGGAAGCCUUGCUGAAUCCAGGAGACCUCAGGCCUGCACAACCCUCGAUUUCUACAGCCCACAAAGAUGCUCCUGCCUUGUCACACUUUGUGGACCAGCAUCGGGAGCAGCUGGUGGCCCGAGUGACAUCAGUGGACCCUCUCUUGGACAAGCUGCUUGGUCCGGUGCUGAGGGAAGAGCAGUAUGAGAAAGUGCGGGCUAAAGCCACCACCCAAGACAAGAUGCGGAAGCUCUUCAGCUUCAGCCGGUCCUGGAGCAGGGCCGACAAAGAACAGGUCUACGAAGCUCUAAAGAAAACACAUCCUCACCUGAUCAUGGACCUCCUUGAGAGGUCAGGUGGUGUCUCUGUGGGAUCCUGACAUCUUAGUGGCUGAGGGGUGAGCACUCUUCUUUGAGUCCUGGCUCUGCCUGACCUUCCUUUGGCCUCCAGGUUCUCCAUCUAUAAACCAGUGGCCAUCUGAGUUGCCCUUCAAAUGGCAAUGUUCCUAGGACAUCUCUUGGGGACCCAGAUGUUCCCUCUUGGCUAUCCCCAUCCUGUUCAUGUGGGAUGUGCAUCUCAGGAAACUUCCAGUGGAACCAGCAAGUCUAUUCAGCCUUAUCCAGCUGGACUUCAUGGCCUGAGUAGCCAGUUUCAAAACCACCUGACCAACCAUGACACAAGCAGAACUGGGAGCAUGGGGAUGGAGACAAUGAGAUGGUGCUUUCCCUGGAAAGUGAAUUCUUAUGAAUAAGAAAGGAAGGGGGCUUCUUAAAUUUUACCACCCUCAGUUUUUGUUGUCUUUAUUGAUUCUAUUUCUAUUUUCAGGUCUUGAACAACUUAUUCAUUUACUUCCUUUGCUCUUUGUGUUUUUUAAAUGUUUUAAGGGAUUUGUUUAUUUCCUCACACUGUUUGGGUUCUCCUGGAUUUCCUUAGGGAAUUUAUUAAUUUAAUUUCUGAGGACCUCUAUCACCUUCAUAUAAACUUUUAGGAUCUUUUUCAUGUCCUUUAGCUAUGUUGAAAUAGUCAAGACCUGCUGUGGUAGAUAGAGGGGCGCGAAUGGAGGUAUUUUUGCCCGGAUAUUAUUGACUGUAUUUUUAUACGAUCAUCUAGGCAUCUGGAAUUGGAAUGAUUAAAGGUCUAAGUACUGA